CGGGGCCUGCGCCCGCGCUCCGUGUCCCCGGCAGGGACGGAAGUUGCACCACAACUUCAAUUAGUUUCAGUUUUGUUUCUGUUACUGGCUGUCAGCAACUGCGGUGUCCAGGCCACAGGGGUCCCGCUGGCACCCCUAGGGCGGCUCUGGCAGGGCCUAACACAACCAGGUUCACAGUUGCUGAAUGUACCUGGGGAGGAAGAAGAGGAGGAGGAACAGGGUGGACACUAGGCCCAGAGCCCUCUGUAAGUCACCAGGAAGCCAGAAGGAAAUUCUUCACCAGCAUGGUUUCCCAGGGCUCCUCACCCUCCCUGCUGGAGGCCCUAAGCAGUGACUUUCUGGCCUGUAAAAUCUGCCUGGAGCAGCUGCACACGCCCAAGACCCUGCCCUGCCUGCACACCUACUGCCAGGACUGCCUGGCCCAGCUGGCUGAGAGCGGCCAUGUCCGCUGCCCUGAGUGCCGAGAGAUGGUGCCUGUGCCUCCUGCCGGAGUGGCUGCCUUUAAGACCAACUUCUUUGUCAAUGGGCUUCUGGACCUGGUGAAGGCCCGGGCCUGCGGGGACCUGCGUGCAGGAAAGCCAGCCUGUGCCCUAUGUCCCCUGGUGGGUGGCACCAGUGCUGGGGGGCCAGCCACAGCCCGAUGCUUGGACUGUGCCGAUGACCUCUGCCAGGCCUGUGCUGAUGGGCAUCGCUGUACCCGCCAAACCCACACCCACCGCGUGGUGGACCUGGUGGGCUACAGGGCAGGGUGGUACGAUGAAGAGGCCCGGGAGCGCCAGGCAGCCCAGUGUCCCCAGCACCCUGGGGAGGCCCUGCGCUUCCUGUGCCAGCCCUGCUCCCAGCUGCUGUGCCGUGAAUGCCGCCUCGACCCCCACCUGGACCACCCCUGCCUCCCCCUGGCGGAGGCAGUCAGUGCCCGGAGACCCGGCCUGGAGGAGCUGCUGGCAGGUGUGGACAGCCACCUGGUGGAGCUGGAGACCAGUCGGGUGGUGGAAAAGGAAGCUCUGGCCCGACUGCGGGAGCAGGCUGCCAGAGUAGGGACACAGGUGGAGGAGGCGGCGGAGGGAGUCCUCCGGGCCCUGCUGGCCCAGAAGCAGGAGGUGCUGGGACAGCUGCGGGCCCAUGUGGAGGCUGCUGAGGAGGCUGCCCGGGAGAGGCUGGCCAAGCUAGAGGACAAGGAACAGGUGGCCAAGGCAGCAGCUGCCUUUGCCCGGCGAGUGCUCAGCCUGGGGCGAGAGGCUGAGAUACUCUCGCUGGAGGGAGCGAUCACCCAGAGACUCCAGCAGCUGCAGGGCUGUCCCUGGACUCCAGGGCCAGCCCCCUGCUUGCUGCCCCAGCUCGAGCUCCACCCCGGGCUCCUGGACAAGAACUGCCAUCUUCUGCGGCUGUCUUUUGAGGAGCAGCAGACGGAGAAGGACAGUGGGAAAGAUGGAGCGGGAACCCAGGGAGGGUCUGAAAACCAAAACCUGCAAGAGGUUGGAGCCAAGCCAGAGGGGCAGAGCGGAGCCCAGCCCCAGCAUAGGGAUGGAGCCCUAUCCCCAAAAGAGGACAAAGCCCAGUUGCCCCAGGAAGAUGCAGGACCCCAGUUGGAGAGGGGUGGCAGAUCCAACAAGAAGAAAAAGUUCAAAGGCAGGUGCAAAUCCAUCUCCCGCGAGCCCAGCCCUGCGCUGGGGCCAAACCUGGAUGGCUCAGGCCUCCUCCCCAGGCCCGUCUUUUACUGCACCUUCCCCAUUCGGAUGCCUGGAGACAAGCGGUCUCCUCGAAUCACUGGGCUGUGUCCCUUCGGCCCCAGGGAGAUCCUGGUAGCAGAUGAGCAGAACAGGGCACUGAAACGCUUUUCCCUCAGUGGCGACUACAAGGGCACGGUGCCGGUCCCUGAGGGCUGCUCCCCAUGCAGCGUGGCGGCCCUCCAAAAUGCUGUGGCUUUCUCGGCUGGAGCGAGGCUCUAUCUUAUCAGCCCCAGUGGUGAGGUGCAGUGGCGUCGCGCCUUGAGCCUUGGCCAGGCCAGCCAUGCGGUGACUGCGCUGCCCGGCAAGGAUCGCGUGGCUGUCAGUGUGGCGGGCCACGUGGAAGUAUAUAACAUGGAAGGCAGCCUGGCCACCCGGUUCAUCCCUGGGGGCAAGGCCAGCCGGGGCCAGCGGGCACUGGUGUUCCUGACAGCCAGCCCCCAGGGCAAUUUCGUGGGGUCUGACUGGCAGCAGAAUAGUGUGGUGGUCUGUGACGGGCUGGGUCAGGUGAUUGGGGAGUACAAGGGGCCAGGCCUGCAUGGCUGCCAGCCAGGGUCCCUGUCUGUGGAUAAGAAGGGCUACAUCUUUCUGACCAUCCGAGAGGUCAACAAGGUGGUGAUUCUGGACCCAAAGGGGUCACUUCUGGGCGACUUCCUGACAGCCUUCCAUGGCCUAGAAAAGCCCCGGGUGACUACCAUGGUAGACGGCAGGUACCUGGUUGUGUCUCUCAGUAAUGGGACCAUCCAUGUCUUUCGGGUCCGUUCCCCUGACAGUUAGAGGGGCGGGGGGAGGGGGAAGGGGGUGGGAUAUAGGGCAUUUCCUGGAGGGUAAAGGGUGGCAGUGUUUCAGCAUGAAAUGCGAGACCGCCGACCCCUCUUCUGAUAUGCAAGGUGAGGACCAAUCGUGGUAUGGCCAUAGCUCCCAGAAGCAGUGGGGCAGAAGGUGCUGGGUGUCAGCUGAGCCUCUUGCUGUUUGUAUGUGACAGUAGAUUUCUGGGAAUUGUAAGUGUGUCUUGAUUUGCAUUCUUCAAAAACAUUCCUAGUAGAGUAGCCAAGAGGGAGUCCUGGAGACGUUAGUACAUGUCCUCUGAGACAUGAAGGCCCUCAAACCAGGCCUGGUGGCAGAGGCCAGUAAUCCCAGCAUUCUUGAGGCAGGAGGAUCAUAAGUUCAAAUCCAGGCUGGGUCAUUUGGAGACUUAAUGAGAUCCUGUCUCAAAAUAAAAGGGCUGGGGACAUAGCACAGGUUGAAGGCCCUGGGUUCCUUAGCACCACCCACACACACACACUCCAAAAUACCUAGAGUAGAUCAGUUGUAGGCAUUUUGUGAAGGAACCAAGAACUUGGCUACCCUCAGAUUGGCCCCUGGGGUCACAAGAGCCCUGAGGUCUCGAAAUAGCUACAGAUGACAAUGGCACAUCUGCUGGCUGUAGCCAGGAAGUACUGGCCCUGACAGCGGCGGUAGGUCUUAGCCUCGGAGGCUGUGAAGAGAACAGGCAGCCAGAAAAGCCAGCUUUGCGGAGUAUCGGAGAAGGGGAGCCCUGCGUGCCUCCACUCUGCACCAGUCCAAGGCGUCCCCUAUGCUCGGGGUCAAAUCUUCACCAUGCAGUCUUCAGUUAGGCUUCCUUUACAUUUCCUGGAGUCUUUUUGUUGUUGUUUGUUUCCCCUUAGUUUUUCUAGGCAGAGGAGUUGGGAAGCUGUGGAACCCUACAGGCCAGUGUGGGGCUGGUGUGCCUGGCCAGUCAGAGGACCUGAGAAGUCAGCAGUAGGGUCAGGAGGCAUAAAAACAAGGGAAGGAUGCAGUUAGAGGUGACCGUGGCCACCAGUCCUUUGUGCGGUGGUGGCAGAGGUGGCGCUGAGGUGACUGAGGAGACUAUGGGCCUCGUUAGCUGGGGGUUGUCGAGAGAGGAGCAGAAGGGAAUCUAUGUAAGGAUCAUGGGUGGUGGAGUCUUCGUGGAAACCAGAGGGAUUCAGAACAAGUCCAGAUGGAAAGUGCAGGACGCCAGGGAGAGGGAAAAGGAAGUCUUUCUGGGGAAGCACCUUUCUUAUUUAUCGAAACAGUGGGGCAGAUCUUCAGUGUCCAGGUGGACGGCUUCGAUCGUAUAAAAAUAUGCAUACAGCAAAGAAUAAUGAUUAAAAGAAAGCCAGUAAGAUGAGAAAACUAUGUAGAAUUGAGUUGAUGAGGGAAAACUGAGUCUCAAACACUGUAUAUGGAGUGACUAAGAGACCUAUUUGGAGAAAGAAUGAAAUAGGCUGUGUACCCAGGGGAAAUAUGACCAAGCAGGGGCUAGUAACAUGUGGAGGAAACAAACCACAGAAAAACUUGCUUUUAUCAAAAAUGAAUUUCCAGGCCAAAUUUCCAUUCCUGGUAGAUGCCAGGAAUUCCAGCACUGUGAGUUUGAGUUCAGCCUGGGCUACAAAGCAAGUUCAAGGCUAGUCUGAACUGGAUAGUAAGACCCUGUCACAAAGAGGCAGGAAAAAAUUUUUUUUCAAAAUAUCCUCUGGAGAAAUAUGUAGACUCCUGGUACUACAAAUAAUGCUUGCUGGAGACUAGUGUGGCAAUUUUUUUGUGUGUGUGUCCUUUUUUGAGAUGGGGUCUCACUAUGCAGUUCAGGCUGGCCUUGAGCUCACUUUGUAGCCCAGGCUGGUCUCGAACUCGCAAUGAUCCUCUUGCCUCAACCUCCUGAGUGCUGGGAUUACAGGCAUGAGCCACCACACCCGGCUCUAGGCUAGUGUGGCAAUUCUUGACAAGUUUUUUAAAAAUUGUAAGACUGUCUUAUCUUACUUUGGGGAAUACAUUCUGGAAAAGUAACUUAUUAGGGAAAAUAUUUGUACAGAGACAUCUGUGACUGCCCGCUGGAGUCCAGUCAUUUGCUGGAAACGGUUCAGUUGCAGAAUGACAGUGAAGUGGACUGCGGUUUGUUAGGGGAGUGAGCUCUACCCUGGCGUAUGAAGAGUAUGAAGACUAUUUGGAAGAGGCAGUUACAUGAUGCAGUCAUGAGCACGAAAAACUAGGCGAUUUUGGAAUGAAUUAUGACCACAUAGUGAUAACAGGAAAGGAAAAGUAUGUCUGAUUAGGAAGUAAGUGGAGAUAGGUUCUGAUCCGUAAAUAGUGAUUCAGGAGGUUGGGUUCUUUUUGAGUUGUUUUCUGAUAUUAUUCAGAUACGCACAUUCUACUUCAGUUAGUAUUUAUCCAUGACAUAACAUGUAUGCUUGAAUAGUUACUCCAACAAAACACACCUCUAUCUGAGCUUUGAGGAUAGAUAGCUACUGGGUUGAGUGGACGUAUAGUUACAACUAGUGGUUCAGAGAAGAGGCACAGCCAGGGCAGAGAGGAAGCGUCACUAGAGCUGGGUUCAUCUGGACCAGUAACUGCCCCCCAGGAAAGCGGUAGGUGGGCAGUUUCUGGACUUUGAGGACAGUUGUUCACCAGCAAAAUCAGACCAAGUAGUGGUUCUACAGAACCACCUAGUACAAGAAGGUAGGUGGUAUGGAAGCCAAGAUGGCGUCUGCCUUCGCUGCAGUUCUGUUUGCGGGCUUAACGCCUGAUAGUUCUUCGUGGGUGCUCCGUAAACGUCUGUGAAAUAAAUGAAGUCUAGAAAGGGAGGAGGCAGUGUUUAAUGGCAGAGAUUUCCCACUGUGGAAUGCCAUAGCCAUAGGCAACCAAGCUGCAUGAAAAUGUUGGCUGGUGGGAAGGCUCCAGUAGGGGGCACUGUGGCACAGUCCAUCGUGUGCCUCCCAAGACUACAGUCCUUGUCAAAAGCAGGGCUGAGAUCAGGGUGUCCUGGCUGUGUGUGUGUGGAGUGGGGCUCUGGGAGAGGCUCUCCAGGAGCACAUGCACAUGUGAUUUGGAAGAGCAGCUCUCUAGAGGUGCACAGGGGCCUUGGCAGAGGACCUGGUUGGUGAGCCAGGAUAGACGGGACACCCACUCAGGCUAUAUAGAGCAGUGAGAUGUGCCCUGGCUGCUAGAGAGAAUCCCACAAGUGCGCAAAGAGAUGAGAGGCCAAGUGGGAUUGGAAGACAGAGGCAAAUAAUUUUCCUACUAAAGGAAUAAGGGUGAAAGGGUCCAGAAUGCUGGCAAAAUGUGCACGAUGGACAGAAAGGCAGGUGUGAUGGUGCAUACUUCUAAUCCCAGCAUUCUGAAGACUGAGGCAGAAGGAUCAUUGUGAGUUUGAGACCAGCCUGAGCUACAAAGUGAGCUCAAGGCCAGCUGAAACUGCAUGUGAGACCUGUCUCCAAAAGACCAAAAAAGGGGGCUGGGGAUUUAGCUCAGUGGCAUAAGCGCCUGCCUUGCAAGCAGGCAGUCGUGAGUUCAAUCCCCGGUACUGAUAAAAAGGAAAAAGAAAAAAAAGCAGGGGGGCAGCGGUUUAGCUCAGUAGGGUAAAUUCCUACUUGGCAAAGUCAUGAGUUUGAUCCCUGGGGGGGAGGACAGGAAGUGUAACUUUGAGCAUAAUUUGGAAGUAAAAUCCUCAAUUCCUUACCUGGGACCUAGGAAUCCUAAAAAAAAAAAAAAAAAGUGUGGAAUUCUAGACCAAAAAAAGGAGGGAAACUUUUUUUUUUGUACUGAGAAUUGAGCUUAGGACCUUGUGCUUGCAAGACAGGUGCUGUGCUGCUGAGCUGUAUCCCUGACCUGAAGGAAGCAUUCGUGGUGUACCACAACCCUCCACGUUGGAUAUGACAGUUAGCUUGAUCAGUUGUUCUUUCCUUGGUUGUCCAGGUGGUACAUGGGCUGUUCAGGAGAGUGCUGUUUGGGUGGGAGGACAGGAAAGGACCUUGUUUGUAUUCUUCAUGCUGGAAAGAGGGAAGAGGAUGAGGUACCAGAGACCUGGGUUGGGCACCGGCUCUUCCACAAAGAGCUGUACAGUCUUGCUCCAGCUCCUUAACAACUUAGAGCCUCAGUUUGCACAUCAGUAAUCCGGGACUGUAAUGCCAUCACGUCCACCUCACAAGGUUGCAGUGAGGAUGGGAUGAGAAGUGUAGGGAAGUACUGCACACACAGUUAAAGCCCAACGCCAACGCAUCGAUUAGCAGAAUUUCACCUGAUGUCAGUAAGCUUGAAUGGGGAUGUGGCGUGCACAUAUUGUGAUGUAGAAGCUCAGGAACAUCUGGGUAGAGCUGCUGUCUGCAGACCAUGCGCCUCUGGAGGAGGCUAUUUUGUUUUGCUUUCCAACAGUGACACGAGGAAGCCAUCUGCAAAGACACACGGUGACGACAGAAGAAGGGACCAAUGGCUAGCUUGCCAAGAUUCAUUGCCAUUCCUAAAAGCCAGCUGAGAUUCUGACUGCACUAAUUAAGGACUGAUUAUCGUAGACAUUUAGAGAAAGUUAAAAAUGGCAAGAGUGGCCCAGUCUUUUAAUAGUUUAGAGAAGAUAUAAUUUGGGAGGGAAGAGCUCUCCUUCACUGUCAUCUUCCCAUUACUGUAUCUAUGAAGUGAUGUCAUUUUCUAAAACUGCAGAGGCAGAAUUCCAAAGGGGCACAAGUCCAAGAAAGAAGUGGAAAAACUUUCAACGGAAGUUGAUGGAGUUUGGGACCUGAACCGGGCAAGGUUUGACUGGUGGGUGCCAAGAUCAAGGUGUCUGACUAUCUCUCUUCGGCAGAGAAGUGGAGACCUCCAACUGUCCUAUAAAUUUAGUGGGGGUUGGGGCAGGGAUGCAGACAUCUGCUUUAGGGAGAAAGCAGUUUUGCAUUAGCUGGGGCAGAUAGCUGCCAGGGAGAGCACCCAAGAUGCUUCUAGCAGGGGGAAGACCAAGUUCAUAUGCAGGCUUGGGAAAGGCUUAGGUGAUUUGAUCAAGGGUAGCCAAACCAACUCGCCCUACUGGCUUAUGUACGUAGUUUAAUUCAGCGCAUCAGAGCAAGAAUAAACAGGGCCACAGGCUCCUGUGAUUGGAGGGGUGGAGAAGGCAGAGUCAGAUCAGGUAAGACCCCACCAGAAGUGCUGGAUAAACGUCUUGGGGGCCAGAGGGGAAAGGAUUGUGCUGAAAGAAAUUAGGAAAGUGGGCACAAGAAGCUUUAGCAAGGCAGCCUGAGCUGUCUCCAGAGAAGGUUGGCCGAGUGGCCAAGAGAGACUGGGUUGAAGGUGAAACCAGAGCCUUGGUUCCCCUCUGUGGUACAUAUCGCAGCCAUCUCUGAGUUGCAGUAGGGUCAGGCAUCUGUGCUGUGUAUUCUUUCAUUCCUUUGAUGAUACAUUUUGUAUCUCUUUCCUCUACUCCUUUUAAUAAAGUUCUUGGGAAAAAUUGA